AUGAAAAACAUAUGUUUGAAAAGUGUUUAACACUGAAUAUACCGCUUGCCAUAAAUUUAACUGUGCCGCUGUGUUUGUUGGCCUUGGAAAUUUUUCAUCAUCAACGGAAAAAUAUUAGAAAAGGAGACAUAAACUGUUUAAAAUACAAAAUGAGUAUAUACAAAGACAUUUUGGUGCGGUUUCCACGCGGUGGACUUUCUUACGUAUUCGCCUAUGGCUCUGGUGUUAAACAGCAAAUUGGUUACGACCAAGUUGGAAAACAAAAAGACUGUGUCAUCGAUUUAGUAUUUUGUGUACGCGAUCCUUUAGGUUGGCACGCUGAAAAUAUAAGUCGCCAUGAAAGCCACUACUCGGCCAUGAGACACUUGGGACCCAAAUUAAUCAUGAAAUAUCAAGAGAAUUUAGGGGCUGGUGUAUACUUUAAUACCCUGGUACCGCUACCCGAUUUAGGAGUACAAAUAAAAUAUGGUGUCAUAUCAAAGGAACAAAUGCUACAAGACUUACUCGAGUGGAGACAUCUUUAUAUGGCAGGACGUUUGCACAAACCUGUGCAAGAUAUAGUACCAGCUGAUGAUGAUAAAGAAAUUAAAGCCGCCUUGGCCAUGAAUUUACGUAAUGCUUUCCAAGUGGCUUUACUCUUAUUGCCUGAAAGAUUUACCACAUUUGAAUUGUUCCACACCAUUUCUAGUCUAAGUUAUAAGGGUGAUUUUCGCAUGAUCUUUGGUGAGAAUAAAAACAAAGUGGCGAAUAUUGUAAGGGCUCAAGAGAAGGACUUUUUCCAAUUGUACGCCCCCGUCAUGAAAGAUUUAUCCCAAUAUGUGGCUGUCGAUUUUGCGGCUAAAGAAAAAGGUUCCGAUCGUGUAGUAACCCAAUUUGAACAGGACAAGUCUGAAAAGGCUUUGGAAUAUCAUCUGCGCCAAGCACCGGCUGAAUUAAGACGGCGUCUUAUACGUAAUGCUGCUUUCACCGGCAGUUAUAUAGACAUUAUACAGAAUUUGGCUGCUCUGAAAAAUCUCCAUAAAAUUGUACAAGUAUCAGUAAAUGAUAUUGUUUGGCGCAGUAGCAUAAAACAAUCGGUUAAGAAUAUACCCAGUGCCGGAUUAUUUAAAUCGAUUGUGUAUAGUUAUCGCAAAGCGUUGAAAACUUUUUCCCACUAAAUUUUGUUGGGAAAGGGUCUUUGGAAAGUGCUCUAAGUCAUCGUUCAUAAUGUUUUGUUGUUGUUUCAAUAGUCGUAAUGAUGUUAGAAAAAGUUGCAAUUUUUUAUAUUUUAUAAAAAUGUGUUAGAUUCUGAAAUAUUUCAAUUUUUUUAGGAAACUAAUUUGUUAAAAAGUUAUAAUAAUUAUGGAUUUAGAAGUAAGUCUUAAAACGUUGAACUGGUUUUUGCAGUCAUUUUUCCUAUCGUUUUUCUUUCAGAUUCUUCAGAUUGUGAUUAGUUUAUAUAACAAAUUUAUGUUAAACGAUUCUCGAAACAUAAAUUCAGAAAACGAAAGAAUUGAAUAUGAACUACAUAUUUAUAAAUAAACACCAAAAAUUAGAUUAAUCUAAUGAUAGCAAAAAAACUAUACUUACACUUAUUAAAGGCAUUCAUAUUACAAAAUGUUUAAGCCUUUCAGCAAAAUGUUUGCUAUUUACCAAGGUCAAAACUCUGGUGACGUGAUUUCCGUAAAUUAAAAAUGACAAAAUGAAUGCAUUUCAAUAAAUUAUUGUCCUAAGUAGAUCCUAAUAGUUUAACUAUUUUAUCCUAUAAGCUUUUAAAAUAAUUAACUAUUGUUUAUAAUUCUCUUUAUACAAAUAGAGUAGUUGAUUCCCUAAUAAUUGUAAAAAUAUUAAGACAAAAUAAUGCAUUUCCGCACAAUCUUAAAGUUUUCCUUUAAAUUAACAAUUAAAAAGCUUUAUUAAUAGUUUAACAAUAUAAUUUUUUAUUUUCUCUCUUUUUAUAAAAAGUUGUUAAAUAAUAAAAAACAGUUGCAAUAAAUUAAGCCAAUGUAUAUUUUGUAAAAUUUAUAUAUUAUUUUAAAUAAAAGAAAA